CUUCGCCAGGCGCUUUCUGGGGCAUUUCACCGGGGAUUUGGUGGGAAAUUCCAUAGUUUUCCCAGCUCUUGUGGUGAAGUUUAGUCAUUUUCAGUGCGAAUAGGAAUUUUCGUGGCGAACUGGCCAGUGACAAGCUUGUCAUCCUGAGAAUCGCGCUAAUUUUCACGAGUCUGCGCGCCUCAUGAAUCGAUAUCUCCUAUAUAUCUCCUAUUUAGGCACCAAUUUCCGGGGCUUGCAGAAAGUAAUCAACAAGGUGAAUCCUCAGCCUCUGGACAAUUCAACAGUGCAAUCUGCCUUGGAAUUUGCCCUCCAGCGCUUACAACCGGCCAAUGAGAUUAAGGUGGUCAUCUCCAGUCGCACGGACUCCGGGGUGCACGCCCUCCACUCGGCAGUUCACGUGGAUCUCGAGAGGAGGAGUGGGAAACCGUACGAAGAGCACUACAUCACGAGCCUCCUGAACCAGUCUUUCAAGCGGGAUGAGAUCGCCAUCAGAGUGCUGAACACCAGGCGAGUUCCAGACACCUUCCACUGCCGCUACAGCGCACAAUCCAGAAGCUAUUUAUAUCGUGUGGCUGUCGCUAAGACUUUCCAAGUGCCUGAUGAGCAUCAGAAACGCUCUGCGAGGCUGAAUUUCAUCCCAGUGGAGGAGCUGAAUCGCUGCUUCUUUGUCGCCAAUCCUCUCCUGGACAUCGAGAAGGCACGAGAGGCCGCCAAGUUGAUACAGGGCUAUCACGACUUUCGGACGUUCAUGUCCGUGUUGAAGGACAAUAGCAGAGAUCACGCAUUCUUCGCUGUCCGACGAAUAGACGAGCUCUCAAUCACACCGGGAAAAGCUUUAGUGACACAGCCCAACAUCUCCAGAACCCAGGAGCUGUACAACUACUGGGAUUUCACAUUCGUGGCGCGCUCCUUCGUCUACCGACAAGUGAGGAGGAUUGUCGGCACUCUUCUGGCCGUGGCCGAGGGGAAACUCACGCAGAAGGACGUGUAUGAGAUGCUGACCAUCCCCAGCAAGCACUCCUGGCCAAACGUUGCAACCAUCGCCCCACCCUACGCGCUCUACCUCACGCAGGUCACGUACAGAGAGGAGGACUUGUGCUUCCCUCAGAAUGAGUCUCCUGGAGAAGAUUCAGGCGCGUCAGAAGUGUCUUCGUCCCAGUGAAACCCUGGUCACCUUCCCAGACGGUACGCGAGUCAUCGAGCGAUCAUCUGAGGUAAUCCCAGUUGGGAAAUCUCCUUUUGGCUUUGUCGUGGACACCAAACCCGAUCCGGAA